ACAGAUAAUUAUUCUAUGACAGUUCAAGUUUAUUGCAUGCUUGGAAUUAAAAAUUAUUGUUGUUCAAGAUUGUAAAUAGCCGUGAACCAAGCUUGAUGCUAAUUUAUAUGAUACUUUUUGAUUCUAUAUAACGUGCUACUAAAAUAGUGUACGAGAGUCUAGAAACGAAUAAAUUUAAGACGUGAAGAAUGGCUUUAGCUCUUCAAAGGAGAGCCAAUGUACGACUUCCUCCGGAAGUUAAUAGAAUACUUUAUAUUAGAAAUCUUCCAUAUAAAAUAUCUGCUGAAGAAAUGUAUGAUAUAUUUGGAAAAUAUGGAGCUAUAAGACAAAUAAGAGUGGGUAACACACCAGAAUCAAGAGGGACAGCAUUUGUUGUCUAUGAAGACAUAUUUGAUGCAAAAAAUGCAUGUGACCAUUUAUCUGGGUUUAAUGUAUGUAAUAGAUAUUUGGUUGUCUUAUACUACAGAUCUAAUAAAGCAUUCAAGGGUAUGGAUAUUGAUAAGAAACAAGAGGAAAUCGAUACACUGAAAAAGAAGUAUGGAAUAUCUUCAGAAGAUUUAAGAAAAUAAUUAAUUGUAAAAUAUAAGAAUAUAAAUUAAGGUUUA